UUUAACAAGAAAAAUGAAAUGACUGCCAGUUAUUUUCCUUCAUUUCGAUACGAAAAGGAAUUUUUAAAAAUUAUUCAUAAUAAUGAAAAACCAACCGGUGAGUGGGCGGAUAAAAAUGGUGAACCCUGGAAAGUUAUAAAAGUUUUGCGACAAGCAGGUAAUUUUUAUGUUACUUUUUCGCAAAAUAUUAAUAAAUCAAAAGUUUUUAGAUUGAUAAAGAAUUCUAUGUUUCAGACACUUACGACAAAGCAAAAAAGGCAAUGUCUCUAUUAUUGGAAUUGUCUGAAUUAAACACCGAUGACAAUGUCAACAUGGAAAGAUUAAAAAAACCAGACACGCUCGAAACGUAGAAAAGAAAGCAAACAGGGAAAAUAAGGAAAAGACUAGUCUUGAAAAAUCAAAAUCUGUAAGGAAAAUUUCGUUCACCCAAUGCACUUCUAAUGAUGCGACUAACGUGCAAAAGUCUACUGGACAUAAGAAACAAGAUGAAGGUGAAGAUUUAAUGGUUCAGGAAUCGGAUAUCGAUUUGGAAGAGAUUGAGGAACAACUUAUGCCACUACAACAAAGAGCCUCAAAAAGCAAAGAAAGGACCACUCCUGUACCUGAAACUAAAAAUAAGGUCAACGGUGUUUUCAGGGAUAAAACAGAUAGCGAAAUGGAAAUAGAAGAGAUCGAGAGGCAACGUCUACAUUUAGAACAAGAAGCUUCGAUGCGAUGGAUCAAAGGUAACCUGCUGCUGCGCAUGAGAAUAUGAUGUCUAACACGCGUAGAAGUUCAUCAAAAAUAUUCGUUGAUUCACCUGAUGUUCUCCGGGGUUGUGAGUGAGGUUAAAAAUCUAGGAAAAGUAAGGACCCUUCAAUUGACAGUUUGCAGCAUAAUGGAUUUUCUUCUUACAUAUUCCGCAGGAAAAGGGUUUUCAUUUAAAGGGAAAUCUAAAGAAAAAAGCGGAUUCCAACAACUUUGUUUAUACAAGGUUAUAAGUCACUGCACAAAAAAAAUGUUUCCAAGAGCAACAGUAGCUGAAAUCGACAAAUCCACUGAAGAUUGGCUAAUAGCUUGUACAAAACGUGAAAAACGUCGUCAAAAUUAUUUGUUUAAAACAUUGCGUUUUGCUUCACAACUAUAAGCAAAAAAUUAAAGGAAACUGAAUCCGCCAUGCAGAUUAAUUUAGAUGACGAAGAAAAUAAAAAUGAU